AGUUCGGUUUUAUGCUUGUCUUUCCUACAGGUCUGAAAUAAACAUCCCUUGUGGUGACCCAGGAACAAGCAAAUCACAGCUGUUGCAGUAUGUGUACAACUUGGUGCCCCGUGGCCAGUACACAUCAGGAAAGGGCUCCAGUGCUGUAGGUCUGACUGCUUACGUCACCAAAGACCCAGAGACUAAGCAGCUGGUCUUACAAACGGGUGCCUUGGUGUUGAGCGACAAUGGAAUCUGUUGCAUUGACGAGUUUGACAAGAUGAGUGACUCAACAAGGUCAAUUCUUCAUGAAGUAAUGGAACAACAAACUUUGUCAAUUGCUAAGGCUGGAAUAAUAUGUCAGCUGAAUGCACGGACGUCAAUUCUGGCCGCUGCGAAUCCAGUGGAAUCUCAGUGGAACUCUAACAAGACUAUAAUUGAAAACAUUCAGCUGCCACACACUCUGCUGUCCAGGUUUGACCUUAUUUUUCUGAUGCUGGAUCCACAAGACCAACGCUACGACAGGAGGCUGGCCCAACAUCUUGUUUCUUUGUACUACAAGAAGCCAGAGGAAGCAGAAGAAGAGCAAAUGGAGUUGGGGCUGAUGAAGGACUACAUUGCGUAUGCACGGACCUAUGUGCAACCACAAAUGAGUGAGGAGGCUGGCCAAGCCCUCAUAGAAGCCUAUGUGGACAUGCGACGAGCUGGUAGUGGUCGUGGCCAAGUGUCUGCCUACCCUCGCCAACUGGAGUCCCUGAUACGCCUUUCUGAAGCACAUGCUAAAGUCCGUUUCUCUGAUGUUGUUGAAUUGGUGGAUGUUGAAGAAGCCAAAAGGCUACACCGAGAAGCUCUCAAGCAAUCAGCCACUGAUCCUGCCUCUGGAAAGAUUGAUAUCUCUAUUCUUACCACUGGAAUGAGUGCUUCAUCUCGUCAGAGACGUGCACAGAUGACAUCUGCAUUGCGCAAAAUGCUCGAGACAAGAACCAAGGCUCAGAGCCUUCCAUACAACAAGGUCUUUGCUGAUUUUAAGAGCCAAUCAGAUGUGAUGAUCACACGAGAGAUGUUUGAAGACACCUUGAAAGACUUGCAGGAUGAUGGUUUCCUUGUUGUUGUUGGGAAGACAUCUAUUAAACUUUGCUAACCGGAGACCAUUUAGAUGAAA